AUGACCAACCACCCUAUCCUAAUCAACCUAAUUAUAAUCAUCUCCUACGCCCUGCCAAUCCUCAUUGCUGUAGCCUUCCUAACGCUAGUAGAACGUAAAAUUCUAAGCUACAUACAAAACCGGAAAGGCCCAAACAUUGUGGGACCAUUCGGACUUCUACAGCCACUGGCAGACGGAAUUAAACUAUUCAUCAAGGAACCAAUUCGACCAUCAACAUCCUCCCCGAUCCUAUUCAUCAUAACCCCAAUCCUAGCCCUCACACUUGCAAUCUCCAUCUGAGUGCCACUCCCACUGCCCUUUUCCUUAGCAGACCUGAACCUAGGAAUCUUAUUCCUGCUGGCUAUAUCAAGCCUGGCAGUAUACUCCAUCCUCUGGUCAGGAUGGGCCUCCAAUUCAAAAUACGCCCUAAUCGGAGCCCUACGAGCAGUAGCCCAAACAAUCUCGUACGAAGUAACCCUUGCUAUUAUCCUAUUAGCCGUUGUCCUACUCAGCGGAAACUUUACCCUAAGUGCCCUAGCAGUGACUCAAGAACCCAUGUACCUGAUCUUCCCCUGCUGACCACUAGCCAUGAUAUGAUACAUCUCAACACUAGCAGAAACAAACCGUGCUCCAUUCGACCUCACAGAGGGAGAAUCAGAGCUAGUAUCAGGGUUCAAUGUAGAAUACGCAGCAGGACCAUUCGCCCUAUUCUUCCUAGCCGAAUACGCUAAUAUCAUACUAAUGAACACACUAACAACCAUCUUAUUCUUCAACCCAAGCCUCCUUAACCUACAACAAGAGCUAUUCCCCGUAGUGCUAGCCACGAAAGUACUGUUACUAUCAGCCGGAUUCCUAUGAAUCCGAGCCUCCUACCCACGAUUUCGAUACGACCAAUUAAUACACCUACUAUGAAAAAACUUCCUGCCCCUUACACUAGCCCUAUGUCUAUGACACAUCAGCAUGCCAAUUUGCUACGCAGGUCUGCCUCCGUCUCUAAGG